AAAUACAGGUGGACGGAGCCCUCAGUUGCUUAGUCUCAGCUCGAAGAUUAAUCUUAUUUGUGCAGUUUAUUAAGAGUUCAAAUAUGUACGUAAAAUCGAUAUUUUUACUGAUAACGAUUAUGACGUUUGUGGCAUUAAAUAUAAUAAAACCGGUGAAAAGUAUGAGUGCCGAUCAGAUAGAAAAAAUGGCUAAGAAUAUGCGAAAAUCGUGCUUGCAAAAAAUCGCAACGACGGAAGAGUUAAUCGAAGGGAUGAGAAGAGGUGAAUUUCCCGAUGAUCACGACCUUCAAUGUUACACGACGUGCAUCAUGAAGUUAUUACGAACCUUUAAAAAUGGGAACAUCGACUUUGACAUGCUCGUAAAGCAACUGGAAUUAACGAUGUCACCUGAAGAGGUGGUCAUAGGAAAAGAAAUCGUAGCGGUAUGCCGUAACGAAGAAUAUACCGGCGAUGAUUGCCAGAAAACGUAUCAAUACGUGCAAUGCCACUACAAACAGAAUCCGGAAAAGUUUUUCUUCCCGUGAAUAUUCCAGAAAUAUUCCAGCGAAUCACAUUGAAUAUUUCUAACAUCGAUUAAUCUUAAACACUCACAACGCGAAACUUGGAUAUUAUAGUUUAGAUAUUCGUAUAAUUUGAUUUCCCACAUUUAUCACUAUUAUAUUGCAUUACAUAUAUAUCAUGUAUUGUAUUUUGUCAAUUGGCAUCAAGCGUCGAUAAUAAAUAAAUAAACGUCGAUGAAAAUGCGUAUGAAUCUACGACAGCGAUUAACGUUUCCUUCCUUUCGUGGAAAUUUUAAUUCGAGAUAUUUGUUCAUAUUCAUGACAACAUAUCCACAAUCGAGGAUAAUCAUUUUCAAAUCCCUUUACUUCGUUAUUUGCACACCUGUUCGGAUAAAAUAAUUGAGAAAAAGAAGGGAGAUAAGAAUAGAAGAUAUACGGAUACAAUCAAAAGUGAUGUAACACUUUGUAUCGGCGAUGUUACUCCUCCCUUUCCGGCAUUGCUUUAACCUCUCAAGAUCGUGGAGGUAACACGUUAAUUAUUAAUCAAGCUAAUGUUUGUCUCGAGACUCGAGCAACACCCACAAAAUAAUUUUUCCUUCUCCUACCGCCACGAUAUACGACUAUAAAACAGGGUGCGCACAAUCGUGCCGCGUUUUAUCCAUGGGGGACAAUCGCCACUCCAUUUUGUCGCGGCAUUGCCAAGUUAGAUACGUUUAAAAGAAAGAAACGGAAUGAAGAGGCUCAGCGUCUUCCUGCUGGUUACGUUGGUGCUCGUCCUAUUAGCGAUCCAGGAUACAGCGAGC